AUGGCUGUGGUUCGACAUGGUUUGCUGUGUCUGGUUCUUGUCGGGAUGUGGUUGAGUCAGCUCACGGCUGCGAGCACCGCCGAGGCACCAACAGUUGCCACUGCGAUGCCGUUUUUUGGGGAAAUUGGAAAGGAAGUGGAGAUGGAGAAUCAGCCGGGCGUGGCUGCAGGUCCUGAAAUCAGAAGGCUGGGAAAGCAUCAUCUUCACACGUCCAUGGCCGGCGGCGGGGUGCUGCUCGGCGGCCUGGCUACUGCUGUUUUUGCUGUUGUGUUUUGCUACAUAAGGGUUACUAGAAAAUCAGACCCUGUCAAAUAA